CUACAAACUUCCACCGGCAAAAUGGCGGAACAGAUGAGAAGUCAUGUUGCCACAUUGUUGCGAGGAAUUGACAGGUAUAACCCAGAAAAUCUCCCAGCAUUGGAAAGAUAUAUUGGAAUGCAGGCCAGAGAGAAUACCUAUGAUUUGGAAGCAAAUCUAGCCGUGCUAAAACUGUACCAAUUCAACCCAAUAUUCUACCAGGCAUCUGUCGCUUCACUAAUACUUCUCAAGGCAUUGACCAACCUUCCGCACACUGAUUUUGUCUUGUGCAAGUGUCUCAUGGAUCAAGUGCAUUUGGAGGAGGAACCAUCACAGCGAAUUCUUCUGCUGUCAGAACUUCUAGAAACGUGCAAGUUUAAAGAGUUCUGGGUAAAUUGCUUGCAUUCUUCAAUAACUGGUAUCACAGGAUUUGAAGAUUCAAUACGAAAAUUUAUCUGUCAUGUCGUUGGAAUCACAUACCAAACUAUUGAGCGAAGCUUGCUGCAAGAUCUUCUGGGUGGAAUAUCUGAUGCACAGUUGAAACAGUGGAUGACAAAGUAUGGGUGGAAGGAAGGUGGUAACCAUGUGUACAUAGCCAAUCAAGAGGAGAACAUCAAGACUAAAAACAUUACUGAGAAAAUCGAAUUCGAGCAUGUUGCUGCAAUCAUGGCCAUGUCCAAGUGAAUCUAUCCAUCUCGUCCUUCUCCUUAUUUCAUGUAAUAAAUACUGUAGCAGGAGAUGCAGUUUCAAUAAAAUAUGCCAUUUUGUCAGUCUAUGCCAUAUUGUUUGGUUUUCACAAAUACAAAUAUCUUACAUGUACCUAAUGUUGAUUCCAUGUUAAAUAGAGGGGCUUAAAAAUAAUGCUAUCCUAUUGUAAAACUAUACAUGUGCACGGUGCUUUUGUAACUAACCUAAAGUGAGAAACAAGGACAUUUUGCUUUCAGGUAUUCAAUGAACUAAGAACUGUUUCUCAGCUCUGUCAGAAUCAUAGAUAUCACAUAUACAUGUAUAUAUGAUAUCUAUGGUUGAAGAUGGGCAAUACCUUUAUAAUAAUCCCUUGCAUUGACUGAAUGAGUUUCCACAAUGCAUAUCAUCUCCAUUUACUGUAAUGCAUAAAACUGACUAAAAGAUAAGUCGUGCUGCUUGGGUGUACAAAUCAUGGACAUUUAUUCAGGUGUAAGUGUUGAUUUCACACCACACAGUUUUGCAUACAUACAUGCAAGAGAUAAGAUAUAAGAGCAACUAUGAACAUUUUCAUUGGUGAUUAUUGCUAACAAAAUAUUUAAUCCUUCAUUAGGCAUUCGUUAUCAUGGUGCUUUGUUCUGUUAGGUUUCAGUUCAGUUUAUUAAUACAGGUUUUUUUUACUAUAAUUGCCAGUGUACACAUUUGUGAUGGGUUUAUACAUCCAUUAAUAGUUUCAUUCUGUCACUGACAUGUAUAAUGUUACUUAAAUUUUGUUUCUGGAUGAACAUCAACAAAUAUCGGACAGUGUAGUCAACUGGUGCGCAUGACUAACCUAAAACCAAACCCAAACUUAUUUCGCAGCUUGUGAGAUGCUCUGAUGCAGUAGACACACUCCAAAUUUGUAAGGCAUCUAAUAAACGUUUGACUGCAUAAUAA